UAAUGUAUAAAUCUAAUGUAUUUAGUUAAUAUAAUCUAUAAUAAGCUAAGUAAAACUUUUUAAUAAAAUAAUUUAAGAUAGUUUUAAAUUUAGUUCUAGUAAAUAAUUUUUAAGACCGCCAAUUUUAAUGUUCACUUGUACUUAAUUCUUUUAGUUUUAUUUAAUAAAUAAGUUUUUUAGUUACAUAUGAAUAACAAUUCAUACCGAAUUUUUAUUUUUUUCAUUAUGAUUUAAAAAUGAUCUGAUAACGUCCCAAUUUAAAAUUUUUAAAAAAUUAUUUUGAUAUACUUAAUAAAAAUAUAAAUAAAAUGGCUGACCGUAAAGCUGAAUUAGAGAAAAAAAAAGCUAAACUACAAGCUAUUAGAGAGCAAAAAGAACGACUCCGAAAAGAAAAAGAGAAAAAAGAUGGGGAAGAAGCAGCAUCUAGGGGAGUUAAUGUGGAAAAAGAUCAAGGCAAAGAAAUAGAUGAAAUGUUAUCAUCUCUUGGAGUUGCUCCUGUUUCUGAUGUUUUAUCAAGUUUAAAUACAUCUCCAAACAAAAGUGAGCUUUACAAUUCGAUGUCCACACCAGAUUCAAGCUUAAAAGGAUCCUUACCACAAACACCACAAACAUGUCCUAAAUCCACAAAAAAAAACAGAGAACUUUCCAUUGUUUCUUUAUCUUCAACAAAUAUACCACCCAAAGAAGUAGAAUGCUAUGCUAAAGCAGUACAAACAAAUCAUUCAUCUAAUGAAAGAGACGGAUCCUGCACUUCUUCCCCUCUUAAAGGUUAUUUUGAAGAUUGGAUGAGACCCAGAAAAGCACAAGCAUUUGGUUAUUACGACGAAUACAACUUAAACCCUGGCUUGGAAUGGGAAGACGAAUUUACAGUUCUUACAUAUGAUGAUGUUACUGGUCAAGCGGAAGACGAAGACAUAAGUUUAACCAAUAUGUCAACUUUUCAAAGUAAAUUACCACCUGGUAUAUUAUCACAUGGGCUACCACAAGUUAAAGAAGUUGCACCUGCCAUUACAUCUUUAGAAAGAGAACCAAUUAUUAAAGAAGAAACUAAAAAAUUAAGAGAAUUGAGUGAUGCAGAAAAGAUGAUGAUAAUCCAUUCUGAUGAUUUUCAACAAUUUAUGGAUCGUGCUGGAAGAGUUAUGGAACGAGCAUUAUCAGAGAAUGUUGAUAUAUAUACAGAUUACACUGGAGCUUUAGAUAAUAAUGACAUCAAUGAAGAUAAGAGUAGCACUAGAUUAUCUUUGACUCGUGUAUUUUAUGAUGAACAUUGGUCUAAAAAUCGUCUUGUAACAUCAUUAGACUGGUCUCAACAGUUUCCUGAGCUAACUGUUGCAUCUUACAACAUUUCAGAAGCACCGCACGAACCUGAUGGUGUAGUUUUAGUUUGGAAUACCAAGUUUAAAAAAAAUUCACCAGAAUAUGUAUUUCAUUGUCAAUCCAGAGUACUAUCUGCUACGUUUGCUAGAUUUCAUCCAAAUUUGAUUUUGGGUAGUACCUAUUCUGGACAAAUUGUAUUAUGGGAUAAUCGUGCUCAAAAAAAAACUCCAAUUCAAAGAACACCUUUAUCCAAUACUGCUCAUACACAUCCUGUAUACUGUAUUCAAGUAGUAGGUACACAAAAUGCUCAUAAUUUAAUCAGCAUAUCAACUGAUGGACGACUAUGCUGUUGGAGUUUAGAUAUGUUAACACAACCUGUUGAAAGACUUGAUUUAACUGCUAAACAAUCAAAAUCAGUAUCUGUAUCAGCUUUUGCAUUUUUACAUGAUGAUGUAAAUAAAUUUGUAUUUGGCAGUCAAGAAGGCUCUGCUUAUUCUGCGUGUAGGCAUACCAAGAAAGCUGGUGUAGUUGAAAGUUAUGAAAGUCAUAUAGCACCAAUCACAGCAAUUGAUACAAAUUGUGCAGAAGGAACUACUGAUUUUAGCCAUUUGUUUCUUACAAGCUCUAUUGAUUGGACAAUAAAAUUAUGGAACAUUAAGGAAUCUAAGCCCAUCCACUCAUUUGAAAAUAAUAGUGACUAUGUGAGUAGUGUAGCUUGGUCUCCUGUUCACCCAGCUGUGUUUGCAGCAAUUGAUGUCACGGGGAGAUUAGACCUAUGGAAUUUAAAUAAUAAUACUGAGUCGCCAACAGCUAGUACUAUUCUUGAAAAUUCACCUUUAUUAAAAAGUCUUAUGUGGUCUCAAAAUGGUACACAUUUAAGUGUUGGUGAUGAAUAUGGUAAAAUAUCUGUUUUCGAAGUUGGUGAACAAAUGACACAACCACGGCAUGAUGAUUGGUCUAAACUUUCUAACACUUUACAAGAAUUGAAGAGUAACCAGACUGAUGAAAUGGAUAAAACUAUAGCCUAUAAUACUACUUCAUCGACUACUACUUCAGCAUUCUCAAGAUCAUCAAAUAUUUUAAUGAAAGCUUAGUUAUUAUUUAUUAACUAAUAUAAUUUAAUAUAUAAUAUAAAUAUUUAUAAAUAACACAAAAUGCCAAUUUUCAAAGAGAUAAUUUUUUUGAUGUAUUGUAAAAAUAAAAUUUUAAAUAUAUGGCAUGUUUAUUUAAAGAUUUCUCUAACAGUUAAUUUAAAUUGUAUACAUAUAUUAAAUUUUAAAAUAAAAAAAACAAUUUAAUCAAU